AUGUCACGAACGUCACGAGUAUUGAUCUACUUGAUCCGACGAGACUUACGACUCGCCGAUAACCCAAUCUUCCAUGAACUAGCACGUCUACAUGGCCAGUCGCAGCAGCCAUUCACUCACGUCCUGCCAGUCUUUGUCUUCCCGGCUAGCCAGAUCGAAACGUCUGGCUUUCUGGCUUCGGAAGGGGAGAAGUCGCCGUACAAAGAGGCCAGAAGCAAAGUAGCAGGAUUUUGGCGUACUGGAAGGCUUCGCGCCAAGUUCGUUGCAGAAAGUGUAUGGGAUCUGAAACAGGAUCUAAAGCAGAUUGGUAGUGGUUUGGAGAUCCGCGUUGGAUCCGUACGAGAUGCAAUACAGUCGAUUGUGGAAGGGUACAAAGCUCGUGAGGAUACAGAAGUCCACGGAUUAUGGAUGACGAAGGAGGAUGCAUGGGAAGAAAGUAAAGAGGAGGACGAAGUGCGGGAUUUGACCAAGAAGGAAAAUAUCGACUUCAAACUCUGGCAUGAUGAGAAGUACUUUAUCGACGACAGAGAUCUGCCGUUCGACAACGCACGAAAGUUAUCAGAUGUUUUUACCAACUUCCGUAAAACCGUUGAACCUCUGCGACAAGGACCGCGGAAAGAGUUGCCCAAGCCCAAAAGACUGCCGCCUUUGCCAGAAUAUAUACCUCGACAAGCGUUGCCAUUCCAGAUCCCCGAUUCGUUAGAGAAGACCAUCGAUGCGCUCCACAAACCGCUAAGCAAGGAUGCCGAUGUCCCUGGUAUGCACGAGAUGCCUGAAAAGGCACACUCGGCACACCCUUUUAUCGGCGGCUCGAAAGCCGGGCAUGAGCGUAUUCGCCACUUGAUAGAGUCGGGCGCCAUGUCGUCGUACAAAGAUAAACGGAACGGUCUUCUCGGUCUCGACUUCAGCACAAAGCUUGCGGCCUGGCUAGCAUUGGGCUGUGUUAGCGCACGACAAGUUCAUUGGCGCCUCAUUGAUUUCGAAGACGGUUCGACGGCGCUUGGCCGAAGCGCAACGGGUUAUGGUAAAGGCGAGAACAAAGGGACAGCAGCCGUUCGGUUCGAGCUUUUGUGGCGAGAUUACAUGCGCUUGUGUACUCGCAAGUUCGGCACGAGGUUGUUUUAUUUGGCUGGUUACAGGCAUGAUGAUAAUGCCAAGUUCAAGCUCAUCAGCAGUCCGUACACGAAAUCGACGGAGAAGAAAAAUACGAAGGGUGUCAACGACGACGAUACCCGUGCCACGCUUGAGCGUUUCUUGCGUGGUGAGACCGGCACAGGUUUGAUCGAUGCAUCACAGCGCGAGCUCUUCGUGACGGGCUGGACGUCGAAUCGCGCUAGACAGAACGUGGCUUCAUACCUCACCAAGCACCUCGGCAUCGACUGGCGGAUAGGUGCGGAAUGGUACGAGAAUAACCUCGUCGAUUACGAUGUGCAUAGUAACUGGGGCAACUGGCAGUAUGUCGCAGGCGUUGGCAACGACCCGAGAGGCGAUGCGCGAGUCUUCAAUCCAGUCAAGCAGGCUGUGGAUUAUGAUACCAACGGUGAUUACGUCCGUGCGUGGGUACCAGAGCUCAAAGAUGUCGGCAAGAAAGCUGGUAACCUUGAAGGCCUGAUGGGUGUCUUCCAGGCGUGGAGGAUGCCGGAAGAGGAGAAGAAACAGCUUGGUUUGGCAGGCGUUGAGUGGGUUGAGAAGCCCCUUGUUCGCAUCAACUUCUCUGUCAACAGGAGGGGAGACGGCUCGAAACGUGGUCGCGGUGGUGGCGGUGGUGGUGGUGGCUGGCGAGGACGAGGUCGUGGACGCGGUCAAGGAAGAGGCCGGCAAGAUGACGGUCGAGGUGGCGGUGGGAAAGGUCAAGGUGAACGCUAUGCCGCAUCGGAGGGAGGUGUGGCAUUGCCUUGA